UUUCCGUGCCGUGUGUUGUCCGUCAUCCUGCAUCCAUUUUUCAAUCAAAGCAUUUUUAGAUUUAUUAGUUUUUAUUAUAUGAAGCAUUUUGUGUUAAAUAUUUGUGCAGUAUUGUAAUUUUGCUGUCUUUAUUAAUUUGUGUUAAUUGGAAAAAAAACAUCCAUAUUUCGUAAAGAUGUCCUCGGGGCGACCGAUCAAGUGUGUUGUGGUCGGCGAUGGUACUGUUGGAAAAACAUGCAUGUUGAUUUCAUACACCACGGACAGUUUUCCAGGCGAAUAUGUCCCUACAGUGUUUGACAAUUAUUCGGCGCCAAUGGUGGUGGAUGGAGUAGCAGUGUCCCUUGGGCUCUGGGAUACAGCAGGACAAGAAGACUAUGAUAGACUUAGGCCUUUAAGUUACCCACAAACUGAUGUCUUCCUUAUAUGCUUCAGUGUUACAAGUCCCUCAUCUUAUGAAAAUGUUACUUCCAAGUGGUAUCCUGAAAUAAAGCAUCACUGCCCUGACGCACCUAUUAUAUUAGUUGGAACCAAGAUUGACUUGAGAGAUGAUCGUGAAACCCUAAGUCUACUCUCUGAGCAAGGCAUGUCACCUUUGAAGAGAGAACAGGGACAAAAGCUUGCUAACAAAAUUAGAGCAGUCAAAUAUAUGGAAUGCUCCGCACUGACACAACGUGGCCUCAAACAAGUAUUUGAUGAAGCUGUGAGAGCUGUAUUAAGACCCGAACCUCAAAAGAGGCACCAGAGAAAGUGUCUUAUCAUGUAAAUAUAACAAAUACCAUGACAAAACUAUUGAUAUUGACAUUUGACAUGCAGGAAUCUCAAACCAACAGUAAUAAUGUGUUUCUAUACCGAGACAUUGCUCACUUUAAAAAACUAUAUAGAUUUACUCAAUUAUCAGUAAAAAAUUAAUGAUCUGUGCCAUAAUAUUCAUGAUUUUUCGCAUUGUGAUAUUU